AUGCGUCUGUUGGCUUUUCUCGGCGGCCACGGCCCCAAGGUGCUGUUUCUCGGCGUCUUCAUCGGUCUGGCCCUGCCCGAUCUCGCGUCCCUGGCACGGCCUUUGGUCGGGCCGGCUGUGGCGACGCUGCUGGUGCUGACGCUGCUGCGGGUCGAAUGGCACCAGAUGGCCGCUACCCUGCGCCGGCCGGGCCUGCUGGCGCUUCUGGUGGUCUGGCUGAUGCUGAUCUCGCCGGUCGCUACCUGGGCCGUUCUGUCCCUGUUGCCGGGGCCGCAGCCGCUGGAGAUCGCCCUGGUGCUGAUGGCGGCGGCUCCGCCGAUCCUAGGGGUUACGGCUAUCGCGAUCCUGCUGGGGCUCGACGGGGCUCUGGCGCUGGUGAUGGCACUGGCGGCGACGCUGCUGACGCCGGUCACCGUGCCGUUGCUGUCGCUCUGGCUGCUGGGGCUGGAACUGGAGGUCAGCAUCGCCGGCUUCAUGCUGCGUCUGGCGCUGGUCGUGCUGGGGGCCUUCGCCUUCGCGGCCCUGCUGCGCCGGCUGGCCGGCCCCGACUGGUUCCGCGCCCGGGCGGCAUCUCUCGACGGUCUGGUGAUGCUCGUGAUGCUCGUCUUCGCCGUGGCGAUCAUGGACGGGGUGACGGCGACGAUUUUCGCGCGGCCGGAGGUGGUGGCGCUCUGGAUCUUCGCGGCCUUUGUCGCGAACCCCCUGUUGCAGCUGGCCGCCGUGCUCGCCUUCUGGUGGCAGGGACCCCGCCGGGCGCUGACCAUCGGCCUGAUGUCGGGAAACUGUAACAUGGGGCUGCUGCUGGCAGCGCUCCCACCGCAGGCCGACUACGACGUCGUGCUGUUCUUCGCGCUGGCCCAGGUCACGGAUCGCUCGAGACGGACGGCCGCGCCGGAGAUGUCGAUAGCAGGAACAAGACGGGGCGCAAUGUUGACUAGGGCUGUCUCGCGGGCUUCGGACCGCUUCACGAAGAGCAUGUCUUCCUUCGGAUCCGGCUUGAGAGCCGGGCUGCGACCCGCUGCAGGGCCGCUGCUGGGCCUCGCCGUGCUGAGCGGCUGCGCCUGGGCACCCGGGCUGGAGGACACCAACGGCUACGCACAGGCGCCGAGCCGGUCGUUUCAGCUCGCCGCCAUGGCGGACGGCGAAUACAUCGCCAGCGAUAUCGCCGACGUGGCCGAUGUCGGCACGGGCGAGUUCGUAUCGGCCGGCGAUCCCUUGGAAGUGUUCAACCGCUUCGUGUUCGCGAUCAACGACACGCUCGACAUCUUCAUAUUCAAGCCGAUUGCGGUCACCUACCGCCGCUGGACGCCGGACCUGCUGCAGGAGGCGGUGAGCAACUUCGUCACCAACCUGAGCGAGCCGGUGACCUUCGCGAACUCUCUGUUCCAGGGCGACUGGGAGCAUGCCGAGACGACCGGCAGCGUCGACUUCUUCCUCGACCCCUUCAACUAUCUGGCCCGCGCCAACGACAAGGAUUCGCUGGCGCUGGCCCGAACGGGGGCCGAGGCGGUCAGCUUCCGGGCGGCGAAUAUCGACACGCUCGACGAAGUCCGUCGCGAUUCCAUCGACUACUACUCGCGCAUCCGCUCUCUCUGGCGGCAGCAGCGCGAACGGCAGAUUCGAAACGAUGUCGGCGGCGCCGGCCCCGAGUUCAGCGGGGCCGAGCCCACGGCGGAUCCGCGUCAGGUCGGGAGCCCGAUAAGGAGAGACAUGACCGCAAAGAUCGCGCGCAGGCUGCGUCAGCUGGGAUCGUCCGUUUUCGUCGUGGCGUUCAUGCUGACUGGACCCUUGUCGGUGACCGCCUCGGCACAAGCCGAGACGCCGACCGAGUUCCUGAAGGAAUUCUCCAACACCGCCUUGACGGAGCUGACCGGCGACAAUCUGAGCCAGGACGAGCGGGAAGCCCGCUUCGGCAGCCUUUUGGAAGAGGGCUUCGACGUGCCGGCGGUCAGCCNNGCGGUCAGCCAGUUCAUCCUGGCCCGUUUCUGGCGGUCAGCCUCCGAACAGGAGCGCGCCGACUUCAUCGUGGUCUUCAAGGACUACCUAGCUCAGCGCUUCCUGCCGCUGUUCGGCGGCGCCAGCGAUGUCGAACUGCGCUUCGGCAAUGCUCUGCCGCUGCAGGGACGCGACGAUCUCUUCGAGGUGCCCGUGAGCUUUCAGCCGGCCGACGGCGGUGAAGCGGUCCGGACGAUCUGGCGCGUGCGGGGAGAGACGUCCAACUUCAAGAUUCUCGAUGUGCGGGCCGAGGGCGUCAGCCUCGCCGUCACCCUGCGCGACGAAUACACCUCGGUCAUCCGCCAGCAGGGCAGCGUGGCCGGUCUGAUUCAGGAGUUGCGUCGCCUGAUCGACAGCGGCCAGGUACGGCCCGUCAAUCAGCAGGGAUAG